GGUACAAAACGACGGACCGCCGCUGCUCUUAGCCUGCUACAGCGUCCGAGCCGAGCCGAGCCGAGCCGAGUGGGCGAUGAAGAUCCAAUUUGCGCCUUUAAACGUCCCUUUCAGCCGCAGGGUUCAGACGCUCGCUGUGGUCCAGUGGCUGUUCUCGUUCAUCGCGCUGGCACAGUGCUGUCUCGCUCUCUUCAUCCUUCUCUGUCUCACUGAUCUGUGGUUCCUUGCUGCUCUCUAUGCUGCCUGGCUGUAUCUUGACAGGGAAACCCCCAUGCUCGGUGGACGCCGGUCCUCGUGGGUGCGUGGCUGGAGGGUGUGGCGUCACUUCCGAGACUACUUCCCCCUCACGUUAGUGAAGACAGUGGAUUUGGAUCCCAAGCUGAACUAUCUGUUCGGGUUUCAUCCUCAUGGAGUUCUGGUGGCCGGAGCAUUUGGGAAUUUCUGCACGAAGGCAUCGGGAUUCGGAAAGCUGUUCCCCGGACUCACCCCCUACCUGCUCAUGCUGCCCUUCUGGUUCAAAGUGCCCUUCUUUCGAGACUACAUCAUGUGUGCAGGUCUGGUCUCCUCUGAUAAGCGCAGUGCCAGUUUCCUCCUGAGCCAGCCGGGGGGCGGUCAUGCAGCCGUGCUGGCAGUAGGGGGCGCCCCCGAGUCUCUGGAGGCUCGUCCCGGAGCGCUCACCCUGCAGCUGUUGAGCAGGAAGGGCUUCGUCAAGCUGGCCAUCCAACACGGGUCCCCGCUGGUCCCCGUCUUCUCUUUCGGGGAGAACGAGCUCUUCAAUCAGAUGCCGAACCCGCGGGGCUCCGCGCUGCGCGACGCCCAGGAGAGGCUGCAGAAGCUCAUGGGCGUGGCACUGCCGCUCUUCCACGCCAGGGGGGUGUUCCAGUACAGCUGGGGGCUGCUGCCCUUCCGCAAGCCAGUCUGCACUGUGGUGGGUCGCCCGAUCCUGGUCUCUCAGGACCCCUGCCCGACCCGGGAGGAGGUGGACCGGGUGCACACGCUCUAUCUGAACGGGCUGAACCAGCUCUUCGAGGAGAACAAGGAGAAAUACGGGAUCGAGAAGCACCGACACCUGAGCUUCAUCUGAGAGAGAGAGAGGGAGAGGGAGAGGAGAAAUA